UGUUAAACGCAACUCAGCCUCCUCACGAGCGCACGCGACCACCGCUAGCUCAACAACCGCGCCACUCAGCCGCUCGAAAAUGAACUCGAAAGCCUCACUCGCCCUGACGGCCACCCUCGCCGCGCUCGCCGCCCUGGCCGCCCUGGCGUCCGCGAUGCCCACGGACGCUCGCACCCCCCACAAGCUGGACUUGUCCACCGUCAUGAACAAGACGGUGUGCCCGAUCAAGAUCGAGAUAGACGUCGACCCCGACCGGAUACCCAAGAGGAUCAAAGUGAUGAAGUGCGAACGCGACCCGAACCAGUGGUGCUCGAAGAUGCACGUGCCCAAGCACGAGUGCUGCCAGCACCAGCACGACAACGUGAAGCUGGAGUGCGUGGAGGUGCAGGACACGGUGCAGGUGUACUACCCGGCGCAGCAGCUGGCGCAGCCCUACCGCGUGUCCGUGGGCUGCGCCUGCGUCAUGCAGGAGACGGGGCAGGUGCAGGACGCCGUGCCGGCCAGGUGACCGCGCCGCCGCCGCCGCCGCCACCGCCGCCGCCACCGCCGGCGACCGCCUCACCAAGUUCCUACACUCCACUAGUGAUAAAAUUAAUUUAUUGUGUGACUGCGACCGAGUGCACGUAUUUAUUGUUAUGGUUGUGACUUUGUAAAUAUAGAGUUAAGUCCAGUCAGUGAAAAGGGCAGCUCGGUUCUACGGCAGCCUAUUAAGUUUAAGGACUUCCCGAUUACCUGUUUUCAGGCAUCGGCUAUGUUUAAGUUUUGUUAUACCUGAAUUGUAAUAAAAAAUAUUU